AAGCAUGUCAAUAACAUUGACUGAAAUACACAUCAACAUAUCAACUUUCAACUUCAAGCGCUCGUUGUCAGAUAAAACUCGCCGAUUCAAAGUAAAAGUAAAUCUAAAGGCGUUUUAUGUGUGCCUUUGGCUAGUCUACAGAAAAUCAUCUACAUGUUUUUGAUUAUUAAUGGAGAGUAAAGAGGAGACAGAUGUUCGGGAGUUUUGAGUAUCUGAUGAGAAUGGGGAACUGUGUGUGUGGACGCGAGACUUUGACCAUUAAUAACAGGAGAUUCUUCAUCAGGAACAGAUUAGGGGAAGGGGGAUUCAGUUACGUGGAUUUGAUCGAGGAUGCAAGAAACCACAAAGACUAUGCUCUAAAGCGAAUCACAUGUCACUCGAAAGAGGAGGAGCGAGCAGCAGCACAGGAGGUGGAGCUAAUGAGGCGUUUUAAACAUCCCAAUAUCAUACCACUGGAAGAGUCUGCCAACAUCAAAGUCAACAAGUAUUCCAAAACGUUAGACAUCAUCAGUGAAGUUCUUGUAGUUAUGCCCUAUUACUGUAGAGGUUCUGUACAGGAUCACAUUGAGAAGCUGAGCAAACGUUCUGAGAAAAUCCCCGAAGAACAAAUCUGGACGAUGUUUCUUGGAAUUUGUCAAGCAGUAAAAGAGUUCCACAGUCAGAACCCACCAUAUGCUCAUAGAGAUAUUAAACCUGCCAAUGUGAUGAUUGCUGAUGAUGGUUCCCCGGUGUUGAUGGAUCUUGGGUCUGCCAAUUUAGCGCGUGUCGAAAUCUCUACGUCUAAAAUUUCCAGGCAGUUGCAGGAUGAGGCGGCAGAGCGGUGUUCCAUGUUUUACAGAGCCCCUGAACUCUUCAAUGUAGAAACAGGAACCAGUGUGGAUGAACGCACUGACAUCUGGUCAUUGGGAUGUCUUCUGUAUGCCAUGGCAUUCCUUGAGUCACCGUUUGAUAAAAUGCACGCCCAAGGAGGCAGCAUAGCUCUCGCUACACAGAGUGAAAAUGUUCGAUUCCCUGAAAAUACUGGAUACUCCAGUGCAAUACAUGAACUGAUACUUAGACUGAUGAAAGUCAAUGUGGCAGAGAGACCAUUCAUUGAUAAUGUGAUAGAAAUCGUGGAAGCUAAUGACAGGAAAUUCAAAAACCAAGUCUGACCAAUCAGAAAAAAAAAGAGAAUUUCACUACACCAAAUCUGACCAAUCGCAUUCAGUCAUGGAAAAUUAUUGUAAAGAAGGUGGUGUUUAACUUGUCAUUAGAGGAAUUCAUGUAACAUUGAUCUCAACAGAGGAGGAGGAUUAAAGUGAGGAAGAACAAUCAUGCAUACAUCAUAAAAUAGCAAAUGACCAAAUGAUCAAACUGACCAUGGCAAUAAAAUAUUAGCAUUCCUUAAACUGACUACAAAAAUCUUAUAAAUCGUACUGUACAUAAUUUACACAAUUUUGAGAGGACGUCCCGAAACUCCGAGCAGCAGUAUGUAUCUGUUCUUUGUGUAAUUACCUUUACUUUGAAUAUUCUUUUAGAGAUGUAUCAAGUUCAGUUUGUUUAACAAUGAUGAGUAAAUCAGUGGGCAGUAUUUAACGUGAUGUAAAACCACAAUCUGGAUGGGCUACCAGUUAACUGACAAGGACAAGUACCCAGAAUGUUUGUUGUUUAAAGUAGAAAGCCCAAUAAGAAAGUAAACGCUUACAGGAAAUUUUC